AUGACUUUCAUCACAUUGCUUUGCCUAUUGGCUUUGUUACCGCUGCAAGGGGAUUUUCAAGAGGUUCACAAUGAAAGUGUGACUGUGGAGGACGGAAAGGAUUUAAAGCUACUCUGCAAUAUGCCUGGAGACGGCAAAUCACACUUGCAGUGGUCAAACCCGCAGGGCUUCAUCAUUUUUCUAAAUACCCAUCGGGGUUUGAGAGACAAGAGGUUCAAACUUAUCCAUUAUUCAAAGGAUGAAUUAUUGGUCAGCCUGUCUAAAGUAAGAGUACAGGAUGAGGGUGUGUAUACAUGCUUUCACUAUGGCACAACGAUCAGAACGAAGACUGUGAAUGUUAUGGUGUUAGCGGCUCCUUCCAAACCACAGUUGGAGGCAUCAGAUAUUAUUGCUGAUGGCAAAGGAAGAAACAUUGUGCUAACUUGCUCCACACAGGGAAGCAAGCCCCCUCCCCGCAUUACCUGGCUGCUAGACAAUGGGAUAGAAGUCUCUGGUGACACCAAGCACAGGUUUGAGCACGAUGGAAAGAAAUGCAACACAACCAGCACUCUCACAGUCCAUGCCUAUGGCAAGAAUUCAAUAGCCAGUUGUGUCGUUCGCCACGAAACCUUCGGAGAAGAAAAGCAGAUGGCAUCUUUCCGGUUUGAGCAUCUCAUGACUACUACAGACUCCACUACAGUGGCAUUAGAAAUGAGUAUGAGGACCUCUAAGAAUCAUCAUUAUACAAGAACAGAAGAAACGGCUACUGAAUCUAUGACACUGCCAUCUCCUGUUGGCAGAUCUCAAGCAACAAGUGCCCAACAGGAAGAUAACUCUUCUCAGAUGACUGCUGGGUUUGACCAGUCAUCGAUUCCUCCCUCCAUAACAGAGGAAACAUCUAUUGUCAGCUUACCAGCUCUGCCUACUCACCAGAAAGAGCAACUAAAUAUCACCACUGCUUGGUCAGAAACAACAUCAGGUGCAACAGUAAAUGAGGAAUUCUCUGGUACAGAAGAAUCAGCAAUUAGUGAAGAAUAUACUCAGAAUUAUAAUGUCACCACAGAGCCACCAGGAACAAUGAAUGACACAGACAGAAAAAACAGCACAGAUACACCAACCGUAAACCCUGAAGAAGUAACUCAAAACUACAGCACCACUGCAUUUAUUUCUUUGUUAGAAAUUAAGAUCAAGUCCGAAGAAAUUGGGAACAGGAAUAAGAAGCUUCUCCUGCCAAUCCUGGUGUCUUUACUCAUUUUGGGGCUGCUCAUUAUAGUCCUGCUUUUUAUGAGGAAGCUGAAAAAAGCACAUGGAGUGUGGAAGAGAGAAAAUGAUGCUUCGGAACAGACCCUGGAGAGUUACAAAUCCAGGUCUAAUGAAGAUAACCCUGUCCCCGAGAAGAAUGGGCAAGGUAAGCUAUCACCAAGCCCUAGUUCAGUGAAGCUCCCCUGCUAGAGUUUUGCUACCAGCUUCAACCAGGGCCGGUUCAGACCAACCACAUUUUAUGAUUUGCAGAAGCGAUUCCAUUAAGAGGAAACACAAAGCCAUAUCCUGUCUGCUGGGGCUUUCACCUUAGCUAAAUGAACAGAAGUUACUUGCCAGUUCAUUUGACUCACUGCGCACACUUGCACUUCACCAGCAUUGCCUUUACCCAGCCGUUCCAGCCUCUUUUGGCUUCCUUGCUGUGAGCGGCAUCGCUGGAAUCUACAUACACAGAUGCAGCUUUCUGUUAAAAUGCAGAGCUUC